AUGUUAAUAGCCGGUGAUUUAUUCCCGUAUAUUUACGAUGGCAGGCGGAUAUUACCAGAAACGAGUGGUAUGCCUGUAGCUUUGAAUUCGAUCUUCGGGUACGUUAUAGCGGGUCCAACUGAGUUAUCUCAGGAUUCAAACCAGUUGGUACCAACUUGCGUUCAACCUGAUAGUCAGCAAAGCACCAUCAACUUUUGUGGUAUUUCAACACAUAUAGAUCACAUAAUGAGCUCCUUUUGGAACUUGGAAAAUAUUCCAUCUGAGGUUCCUCGAAACCCAGAUGAUAUUUUGGCGGAACAGUUGUUCGCUCAAGAACAUAGCCGUGACAGCAGCGGCAGACUUAAAAAAGUUUCUCUGUCUGCUGAUAUCUGUAAAAUGUACAGACAAAUAGAUAUCGAGCGGAGUCAACGUCCAUAUCAACAUAUAGUAUGGCGUUAUUCUCAAGAUCAACCAGUUCAAGUUUAUGAGCUCAACACUGUCACUUAUGGUGUUGCCAGUAGCCCUUAUCUCGCUAUAAAAGUAUUGCAUACUUUAGCUGAUGAUGAAGCUGAGACUUACCCACAAGCAGCCAAUGUACUCAAAACAGCAUUCUUCAUGGACGACUUUCUGUGGUCGGUAGAUUCCGAUGAAGAAGCGAUUAAUUUGCUUGAUGAGCUCAUUGCUCUGUUAAGACGUGGUGGCUUUCUAUUACGAAAGUGGUCUAGCAACUCGUUGUCAGUUCUCAAGCACCUGCCAGAUAACCAUCGAGAAACACCACUAGAGUUUGAUGACGAAACCAGUUUUUCCAUCAAAGUAUUAGGUCUGCAGUGGUCACCAGCUUCUGAUUCAUUCUCCUUUUCGACUGCACCAUCCAACCCAGUGGUGACUAAGAGGACAAUAUUGUCACAGAUUGGACGUCAAUUCGACCCGCUCGGGAGUGUCCAAGCUCAACAUUUUGCAGCUGACAUAGCUGCUGUGUCCAAGGCUGAGAAAUGCAGUGUCUUCCUGCAAAAACUGAAUCCUUUUAUAGAUUCAGACAAACUCCUCAGGGUGGGGGCUGCUCAUGAUGUUCACGUGGAUGAAAUGCAGGAAACAAUUAUCAACAAAGAUGCCAAGCUGAGCGCAAUGCAGAACACUAUAGCUGUGAUGGAGCAUGACGUAUGCGAGCCGUAUUGUGUUUAUGCCCACAUAUAUACGGCGUUGGAAAAAAUAUUUGGGACUUUAUGUCAGAACGGGAAGUACAAACAAUAUUUAGAUUUAUUGACUGCUGGAAAAGACACCAGAAAUAUUGAUAUAAAAGGAAAAAUACUAUUUAAAAUGAAAGUGUUAGAAAAGUUUAGUCUUGCCUUAAUAGCUCCUUGCUCACAAGAUUUCAGUCGCGCUUCAAAGGAUUGUCCGUGUUACCGCGCUGAAGUCGUUACUACGUUUGCAUUGACAUCCGCAGAAAGCCAAUUACCAAGUUUAGAUAGUAAAAGAGCCCAACUUGUUGCUGAUAUUAUGGAAAAUCAGGAAAUGAAGGAAAUCCUCAGUAAAACUAGUUCUAGCGAUAAAACAGAAGAAGACCAAUUUAAUGAAUGUACAGGAAUCGAUAAUUGCUGUAUAGGUGUUGAAAAUCUGAAUCGCUUGAAGAAUUUGCAAACCAACUACAGUGAACUAUUAACGUGCUAUGAUAAUUUAAAAUAUGAACGAGAUUGCUUGUAUUUGCGAUGUCAAAAAAUUGCUGAUUUGGAACAUGAAUGUCAAUGCCUAAAAAACAAUUUAAAUGAAUAUAAUGAAUUAUGGAAAGAAAAAGAGUAUUAUAAAAAGCGGUCAGAAGAUCUCGAUACACUAAAAGAAAAUUUUUAUAUUUUAACAGAAGAAACAAGGAAUGUCGAAACAAAACUAAAAGCUGAACAAGAAAUAAAUAAAAUGAAAACUGAAACUGUUGAUCAGCUGAGAGGUGAAAAUAUUAAACUUGAGAAUAAAAUAGGAGAUAUUUCUGUAUUAUUUGAAAAACAAAAAAAUGUUUUAAUUUGUAAAUUAAAAGAAUGUGAAUGCAAAAUGAUGUGCCAAGAUCAACAAAUAAAAAGUUUGUCUAACCAAAUCGAUACACUAUUAGAACAAGAUAAGCACAAUAUACCAUCCAACGAAGUUACAUCACGUUCAGUUCAAUUAAUAGACGAAAUUGAAUCACAAAAGGAACAAAUUAAAAACCUUAAGGAUGAUCUGUAUUGUAGCGAAGAAGAAAAACAGUAUCUUCAAGAGGAGUUUGAAAAGAAACUUGAACUUAUAAAUGAUCUUAAGUUAGAUGUUGAAGAUUGGAAAAGUAGAUAUGAGGAGGCUAUGAAAAGUUAUAAUUACUUAGAAAUGCAACUAGAUGAACUACAGUGUAAACAUUCAUUAAUUAAUCAAGAGUUAGAGAAUAAAACAAGCGCAAUAACUAAUUUAAAUAAUAUGAUAUGUAAUAAGUCUCAAGAAAUAAAUAGUUUGAUGGAGGAAGUGGACAGUAAAAAGGAUCAAAAUAAAACUUUAGUUGAAGAACUAAAAAAUAGUCGUGACAUAUUUGAACAUAACAUUGGUCUGCUUAUAAACGAGAAAAGAGAAGCAAUGAAUUCAAUAAUCAUGGCAAAACAAGAAAGUGUCAAAUUACUUAAGCAUUUAAAUAAUGAUGACCUAAUGAAUAUAUUUAAUCAUAGUAAAAAUAAUGAAUUUGAAAUGGAUGAAAACAUCGAUAAUGAUAUUUUAGUAAAGGAAAUUGAAUUACUGCAUGAAACAAAUCUUGAAACUAUUAAUAUUUUGCAGAAUGAAAAUGUGCAAUUAAAAAAAUCCUUUGAUUUAGCUAAAAAAGAAAGUCUAAUUCUAGAUCAAAAGUUAUUAAAUCAUGAGAAUUUGCUUCAAAAGUAUGAAAACAUAAAAAAAUCCCAUGAAAAUCUUUUAAACGAAAAGGAAUCACUUCAACUUGAAUUAAAACACAGUAAAAAUAAGCUUGAAAAUUUGUUCCACGAAUAUCAAUUAACAAAAACGAAGAGUGACAGUUUAUUAGAUGAAUCUGAAGAUAUCAAAGAAGAGUAUACUAGAUUAAAUAAAAAAUAUCAGAAAGUACUGAAUGAGAGGAAUUUAUUACAAAAAUCAAUGUUUGAUAAGGAUGCAGAAUUAAAAAUUUUAAUUAAUACAAUGCAUUCACUGAAAUUAGAAAAUGAAUUAUUUCUUUCCAAAAUUCAGGAAAUUUCUGAAUUGCAAAACACUUUAAUUGAUCUUAAACAUAAAUUUGACGAAUUAUUAUACCAAAAAAAUACAUUACAGAGUAAUUUCGAUAUUAAAAGUGAAGAGAUAAAUAAGUUAUAUGCCAAUCUUACGACCCAAACAGAAGAAAAUCAACGCUUGCAAUCCCAAAUUAAAAUGCAGGAAACCCAAAAAAUUUCAAUCAAUGAUAGUGUUUCUAACUUGAGAAAUGAAAAUUACAAUAUGCAAUUAAACUUAGACACUUUGAAAAAUGAAAGCAGUAAGUUACAAGGCAUGGUACAACAUUAUAAAAACAUAGAGAAUAAAUAUCAAGAACUACAACUAUCACAUAAACAAAUUGAAUCAGAUAAUGAACAUCUGCAAAAAGAUUUAGACGAGUUAAAAAAAAUUCAACAGCAAAAUGCUGAAUAUUCGAAAAGCUUAGAGAAAGCGUUAGUUCAAUUUCGUGAUGAGAAUACAUCUAAAAGAUGUUCAUUGAAUGAACUUUAUGCGGAUUUGAAAAAUGAAGUUGAUAAGCUAAGAGAAGAAAAACUUAAAAGUCUUACGGAAGUCAAAAGCCUAAUGGAUAAAAUAGAUGAAUCGGAAUGUGUCAUAAAUAAUCUCAACGAUGAUAUUUUUGCACGUGAUAAAAAAAUAUCAACCCUAGAAAAUCAUAUCAAUGAAUUACAAGUAGAAAUAACAGCUCUGCAAAACGAUUUGAAAGAAGUUGUUGAAUCUGGCGAACAAUUAAAAGACCUUAGUUAUGAAAAACUUAACCAAACAGUAAAAAAAAUCGAAGCACAUCAAUCUAAAGCAACACAUAAUAUGAGAGUAGAGCUUGCCAAAUUACAGAACGAGAAAGAUAAUCUUGAAAAUGAACUUUCAUCUACCAAAUUAACAACUGAAGAAUCAGAAAAUGAGACAAAAAAUAACAGGGUUUUGAUCAAUCAACUUAAAAAUGAAAGAGAAUCAAUUAUUUCUCAUAUAAAGCAAUUAGAAAUAAAAAGCAUAGGCAGAAGUACUAUUUCGCCAAGUAAAUGUUCAACUGAUAAAGUGAUAAAGUCAUUAGAUCGGAUAGGGAAAUAUAUCAAUGAUAAAAAUAACUCUUUACAGCAAACAUUAAUAAAUGUACAGACCUCAUAUCAGUUACUUAAAUCUAAAGCAGAAGAAGCUAAAACCAUAGCUGAAAAAGAGCAGCAAAAAAUUAUGCUUGAAUCAGGACAAACACAAAAACAAAGAGAAAUUCUAGAGAAACAACUUGCUGAUUUAACAGCUAAAAUUAACACGGAUAAAUUGAAGUACGAAAAUGUUAUAAAAGAUUUAGAAGGAGAAAUGUUAAAUCAAAAGUUAAUUUUUGACAAAAUUAAGCAAUCGAAAGAAGAUCAUAUAUUAAAACUUACAAGAGAAUUUCAAAUUCUUAAAGAUCAAUGCAAUAACUACGAAACUGAAAUAAAUGACUUACAAUUGAAAAUUGAAUAUACAUCUGAACAAAACUCCAAAAACAUAGUUUUAAUAGAAAAGGGCAAUCAAGCACUAGAAACAAAAGAUAAACUGGUUUUAGUUUUACAGAAACAAGUGGAUGAUUUAAAGAAUAAACCAAGUCAGCAAGCUGGAAAUCAAACUUAUUUAUUUUUAGCAACAAUCGAUAGUAUGUGUCAAACCGAUAAGGAUGAUGAAAAAAUAUCACAUAUCGAAGCUGUGUUCCAAAGUUUUCAACCUAUAGCUACAAAUGACGGUGAAAUACAAAUAUCGGAUAUUUCAACGGAAAAGAAAUUACAGAAAAGUCUAAAAAUUUCAGAUCCUCCAAAUAAUGAAGUUCAAAUACUUACAGCAAAUAUUGAACCUAAAAUUGAUUUUGUUAGACACAUCUAUUUAAAAUACAAAUUAAAACGAUUAGGCCCAGGAAAAUUAGAGCAACAUUCUAUCACCAGCCUGGAAGAUACAACGUUUUUAUACAAUAAUGGUCAAAACUCGAUUCAAACACGUGAAUCUAAAACUUCUAAAAGUUCAAGUGCCAAAGAUUUAGAACUUCCAUUAAAUGUUAAUAAUAAUAGUAUUUUAGAUAUUUAUAAUUCUGAAAUUUCUAUAGAUUCAACAAAAGUAACGGAGUAUUUUAACGAUAAAGAAGGUAAAAGUUCGUUGACUUUAGGCAAUAAUAAAGACUUUCGUGAUCCAAAUAAAAAAGAUUCCAAAAAAAAUAUUAACGAUAACUUGUCUCAAUCAACUGAAAAUGAUUUUUCCGUUAUUUAUAAAGACAGUGACAGUAUUGUUGAUGGACAAAAGGUACCCCGCAAAUUAAAUGGAAGGCAAAGAACAAGUCAAAAAGGAUUAAAGUAUUUAAUACAAGAAAAAGUAUCAAUUGCAGAAAAUAAUGAAGAAAGAGAUGAUGACAGCAUCAAACCACAACUGAAAAUACAUUUACCUAUAGUUAAAGGUAACAGUCUUUCUUCCAUGACGACUUCUGAUUAUGAUGACAAAAAGUCUGUAGAUUCUUUAGUUUUACCUGAUUGGGAAGCUCAGUCUGAAACAAAUAAAGUUGCAAAACAUUUUGAUUCAAAUUUUAUUCCUAUACCUGUGUCUAAAUAUCAAAAAAAGAAGAAAAAUACAGAGGAAACACAUACACAGCAGUAUGUACCACAUAAUAAAAUUCAGUCUAGUAAUACGGUUAAACUUGAAAAUACGGCAAAUAAUAAAAUUAAUUUUCCUCACGAUUCCAAACACAAGUUAUCUCGUGUAGGAGGUACAAUUUUUGAUUUACAAAAUAAUACAACAAUUGGCUUGAACAAACCAACUGAUAACUUUAGUGUAAAAAGUAACUACGGGUUACAGUACAUAUUAAACACCAUGCAAAAUGAACUUAAUCCAAAUAAUACAAGAAACUUGGGCAUAAUUGAUAAAUCAGUACAUAAAAGUCAUAGUAUAGAAAGAUUUGCUAACAUUAGUGAGUCUAGACCAUCAAAACAAUUUAGCUCAUUAAAAAUAUCAUCAAUUGAAAAUGGAACAACAUCAACUUGCAGCCCAGUACUUACAAGCUCCGUUGAGUGCGGCACACUGGUUAAAAUGGAUGAUCAAGAAGAUUAUGCAAUUAAAAUUGAACAACUUGUGGAGACUUUAGAAAAGCAGUACAAUAAAAAAUUAGAGGCCAUCAAAGCACAAUACGAUAACAAUGUUCAAUUUAUAAUCAACGAACAUAACCAAGGAAUAAAAAGCAUACAAAAUCUUCAUGAAGAAUCCUUGCACGACUUGAAAAAAGACCUUGAAAAUGAAGUGGAAAUCUUGAGAACAUUGAGUAGUGAAGCUAUCAACAAAGCGGAGAAGUUAAAAAUUGAAAAUGAUGGUCUCAAAUCGAAAUUUAAAAAGUAUACCGCAAUAAAUCUAAACGUGGAACCAAUCCAAAUUCAGUCUCUUGAUUUUACAAAAAAGAAAUGCAAGUGCGUGAACAGAGUACUGACUAAGACAGAUGUACAAGCUUAUAACGUGAAACCGCGUAAGCGAAGUCACGGCCCAUGCACCUGUUCUCUGGAUGUGAAUAUUUCGGACACUAUACGUAACAUAUUCAAACACGUUGAGGUUGACCAAAGAAAUGUGGCUGAACAGUCUUACUUGAAGUAUUUAGCUAAAAAGAUAUUAGAAGACAAGGUUGAGAUGCUGAAUGCAGAAGAACUGUCGUUCUUACAUUUCAAAGUAUGCCGGACGUGGAAAUCAAAGUUAUGUGUAGAAGAGGCAAAUCAACUGAAAUUUGACUCAUUGGGAACUGAACUGAUUAUCAAACAGAGACAGACCCAGAAGCAGUUGGCAGAAUUAGAUCGUAAGGUAGAAGAAGAACUGCAUCGGCUGCAAGAAGUGCGCGAAGCUGUUUGCUACUCACAGAAGGAAUACCGAGAAAGCAACUCUCCCGCGCUUGUUAAUGCUGCUGAAAAAGAUAUUAAAUGUGCCUGCAAUAUUACUGUUGGUGGUAGACAAUUUACUGGAGACCACACUUCUACACCGUAUGGCACCCUCACCACAUGCUGGAAGCGGAAACGUGGAAAACUGGAAUCUAAUAGAGCAACAUUAACGAAAUUCGAUGGAUCUGAUGGGCGGAGGGAUAAGGGGCUGGUCAGUGAUGAGCCCCCAACUCGUCUCAGACGCUCUCAGGAGCGCCAUCACAAUCGAAUAUACAAGAAGUGAUACUAUUUUAUGAACACGAAUAAGUAUACUUUAAAAAACAUUUUCGUUUAAACUAUAAAAAAAAACACGCAAAAUGCUGAGUGUAACCUUAUCAAAGAAUGAAUAACACAUACUGUGGGAUAUGAUAAUGUAACCGUGUACACGAUAGCGAGGCUCGUGAAGUUUAAAAAUGACUAUCCCAGUUUUAUCUUCACAUAAUAGGCUAGUUGACACUUUUUAAUGGUCUUAAUCUCGUCAUACUAGAUUAUUCUCAUUCUACUAGAUUGAAAAACUUUUCUGAAUUUUAAAUUUUAAAUAUUUAUUUGUCAAUACGAGCCAAAACGCUGUCGGCAUGAUGGUUUAUAUUUCAACUGUUUUGUGACGUCACAAAUGUCACAAUGGACGACAGAAUUUUUGAAGUUGGAAAAAAGGUUCAUAAGAAAUCCUUAACAUUUAUUAAUUGAUAUCGAUAUAUUUCGGACCCUUAUUCCAUCUACUAUACGAAAUUAAUAUUGUUUAUAAUAAAGAUAUGAGUAAAUGUUUUGUUUAUAUUAAAGAAUUUGUAACAGCUAACAGUUAUAAUGUAAGAAUACUUACUCGCACCUGAUAAUGAAGUCUAUGAUCAUAAUCACCAAUAUUGGAAAUUUAUAUGUAUUUUCUUAAUAAUUUCUUCUUUCUCUAGUAAAGGAAUACAGCUUGGAACUUUACUUUACCUAUACAUUAAUAUAUUAUGUUGAAUAUUGUCAUCAGUUUUUAGAAAAGAGCUUACACGUAACGUCAAAACGGUCAUAAUAUCGUAACGCGGUUAUAAAUCCGAUACAUAUAAUAAGGCUUUGUAUAUAAAUAUUUUGUUCAAGAAUAUGAUAUUGUUAGUGUCCGUGUGUUGAUAAUUUAAGCGCCAGUUUUUCGAAUAUUUUACAUAAUUUUACAUGUUUUGACGUUAAAAUUAUUUAUUUAUUAUAUAUUAUAUUUUGAAAUUAUUUAUUUACGUAUUUAUAAUAUAUAAAUUAUAUGACAAAAUUGUUGUAAUAAAAAGUCUUUAAUAACAACUUUUUUCAUUUAUUUUAAGUUAGUGUGACUUAUGGCAACAAUGUUCUUAAGCCGGCCAUACACGGACAACUAGAGCAGUUAGCCAGUGAUCAACAUACGAGUAGCUACAUGGACCGUUGUUGCAGUCAGUCUUGCAACUUGAAACUGCCAUUGAUAACUGAUCGAAGCAGUUCGUGACUGUACAUAUUAUUUUUUACAAGUAAG